AUGAGCUCAUCCCACGUCCUUCCCCCCCAGAGGGGCUCCAACUACGGCUCGCUGAUGACGGCAGAGGGGCAGUUCCAGGUCUACGCCAAGACGGCGUAUUACAAGGGCAACCUGGUGGCCGUCAAGCACCUCAACCGCAAGCGGAUCGAGCUGACGCGCAAAGUCCUGUUUGAGCUGAAGCACAUGCGAGAUGUCCAAAACGAACACCUGACGCGCUUCGUCGGCGCCUGCACCGAUCCCCCAAACAUCUGCAUCCUGACUGAGUACUGCCCGCGUGGGAGCCUGCAGGACAUCCUGGAGAACGAGAGCAUCACUCUGGACUGGAUGUUCCGCUACUCCCUGACUCUUGACAUCGUUAAGGGGAUGCAGUUCCUGCACAACGGCGUCAUCAUGUCCCACGGCAACCUCAAGUCCUCCAACUGCGUGGUGGACAGCCGCUUCGUGCUGAAGAUCACCGACUACGGGCUGGAGAGCUUCCGCGUGGCUCCAGACGGCGACGAUUCCCACGCGCUCUUUGCCAAGAAGCUGUGGACGGCGCCGGAGCUGCUGCGCAUGGAGAUACCGCCGGCCCGCGGCACGCAGAAGGGUGAUGUGUACAGCUUUGGCAUCAUCCUGCAAGAGAUCGCGCUGCGCAACGGCGUCUUCUACGUGGAGGGAAUGGAUCUGAGCCCCAAAGAGAUCAUCGAGCGGGUGAAGAGUGGGGAGCGCCCCAGCUUCCGCCCCUCGGCCAACGUGGGGUGCCACAUGGAGGAGCUGGGCCAGCUCAUGCAGCACUGCUGGGCCGAGGAUGUCCUGGAGCGCCCCGACUUCAACCAGAUCAAGGUCCAGCUCCGCAAGUUCAACAGGGAGAGCAGCAGCAACAUCCUGGACAACCUGCUGUCACGCAUGGAGCAGUAUGCCAACAACCUGGAGGAGCUGGUGGAGGAGCGCACCCAGGCCUACCUGGAGGAGAAGCGCAAGGCUGAGGCUCUGCUCUACCAAAUCCUGCCCCACUCGGUGGCGGAGCAGCUGAAGCGGGGGGAGACGGUGCAGGCGGAGGCAUUUGACAGCGUCACCAUUUACUUCAGCGACAUCGUGGGCUUCACGGCGCUGUCGGCCGAGAGCACCCCGAUGCAGGUGGUGACGCUGCUCAACGACCUCUACACCUGCUUCGACGCCAUCAUCGACAACUUCGACGUCUACAAGGUGGAGACCAUCGGAGAUGCCUACAUGGUGGUGUCGGGGCUGCCGGUGCGCAAUGGGAAGCUGCACGCACGCGAGGUGGCUCGCAUGGCUCUGGCAUUGUUGGACGCUGUCCGGUCCUUCCGCAUCCGUGUCACCGGGUUCCUGAGGAUCGAUGAGAACGGAGACCGGGAGAGCGACUACACCCUGUGGGACAUGGACCCCACGAGCGGGGACUUCCAGAUCGUGGCCAACUACAACGGCACCACCAAGGAGCUCCAUAUGGUACCGGGACGCGACAUCCAUUGGCCAGGGAACGUCGUCCCCUCCGACGUCCCCCCCUGUGGCUUCGACCACAGUGACCCACAGUGCCGGAAGGUGGUGUACGUGUGCUGCGCUCCGGACACGUUGCGGGAGCUGAUGCUGCAGGCGUGGCGAGAGGGGCUGACGCGAGGAGAUUUCGCCUUCUUCUACAUCGACAUCUUCGGGGCCAGCCUGCAGGGAGGGGGGCGAUUCCCCGACCCCCAACGGCCCUGGAAGCGCGGGGACCGCCACGACGACAGCGCCCGGGAGGCCUUCCAGGCCGUCACCAUCAUCACCUACAAAGAGCCCGAGAACCCCGAGUACCGACCCUUCGUGGCGCGGCUGAAGGAGGAGGCGCUGACCCACUUCAACUUCACCAUGAGGGACGGACUGAUGAACUUCAUCGCAGCCGCCUUCCACGACGGGGUUUUGCUCUACGCUCACGCCGUCAAUGAGACCCUGCAGCGCGGCGGCUCCGUCACCAACGCCUCCGCCAUCACCCAGCAGAUGUGGAACCGCACCUUCUAUG